AUGGCGGCGCCCGAGGCGCGCACGGUGCUGGUGCGGGGCCUGCCCGCCGGAGCCACCGCCGCGCUCCUGGAGCGCCUCUUCGGGCACCUGGGGCCGCUCCGCCGCUGCUUCGUGGUCACCGAGAAGGGCUCCCCGAAAUGCCGCGGGUUCGGGUACGUGACGUUCUCUCUGCCGGAGGACGCGGCGCGGGCGCUGCGGGAGCCCCCCGAGCUGGGCGGGCGGCGCCUGCCCGUGAGCCCCGCCCGGCCGCGGGCCCGGCCCGCCGCCAGGGGCACCGGCACCCCCGGGGAGCGGGGAGAGCCCGCCCCGGAACCCCCCCGCGCCAAGAGACCGCGGGGCCCCUCCCGCAAGGCGCGGCUGAUCCUGCGCAACCUCAGCUUCCAGUGCUCCGAGCAGGAGCUCCGCGCUCUCUUCGCCCCCUUUGGCCCCGUGCUGGAGCUGAACCUGCCCCGCAAACGGGACCCGAGGGGCUUCGCCUUCGUCCAGCUGCGGAACCUGCGCCAGGCGGCCGCGGCCCUGGUGGGGCUCAACGGGGCCCAGCUCAGAGGGCGGCCCCUGGCUGUGGACUGGGCCGUGGCCAAGGACAAGUACCAGGGGACACAGGGACCCCCAAAAACGCCUGAUGGGGAGGAGGAAGGGCAGGAAGCAAAGGAAAAACAGGAAGAGGAAGAAGAGGACGAUGAAGAAAAGGACAUGAAGGAGGAUGAAGAAGAGGAUGAAGAAGAUGAAGAGGAAGAGGAGGAAGAAGAGGAGGAAGAGGCUGCCCAGCCGCCCCGGCAGAGCCCCAAGAGGGGCUCAGGGCUCAGAGCUGGACUGGGGCACAGGAGAGCGAAGGAGGCAGAGGAAGCUGAGGAGGAGGAAGAUGGAGAGGAGGAAGAGGACGAGGAGGAUGAAGAGGAUGAGGAGGAUGAAGAUGAAGAGGAUGAGGAAGAGGAGCCGCCCCCCCGGCGCCGGCAGCGCCCGUCGGACGUGGCCGAGGGCAGGACCGUGUUCAUCCGGAACCUCUCGUUCGACACCGAGGAGGAGGAGCUGGAGCAGAGCCUGGCGCAGUUCGGGGGGCUCUGCUACGUGCGCCUGGUGCUGCACCCCCACAGCGGCACCCCCAAAGGCUCUGCCUUUGCCCAGUUUGAGACCCCCGAGGGGGCCCAGAAAUGCAUCCAGGCUGCUCAGGAGGGGCCCGAGGGCGGGGGGCUCCGCCUGGGGGGGCGGCUGCUGCGUGUGGACCCUGCGCUGAGCCGGGAGCAGGCCCGGGGGCUCCCGGGGGGCACAGCCCGGCCCCGAGGCGGCACCAGGAACCUGUACCUGGCCCGGGAGGGGGCCAUCCGGCGUGUGCUGGGCGUGGGGGCUUUCGGGCGUGGGCGGCCAGUGUCUCGGACAUGGCGCAAGCGCGGCGGCUGCAGGACCCCGGUGGCGUGUUGCUGUGGGCUGUGCCUGUGCUGCAAACCUGCCAAGGCGCUGGGACUGGCGGCUGUGUGGGGCUUGCUGUGGGCGCGCACCCUGCGCCGGGACAGCGGCACCGCGCCCGCCAUCGCUGAGUGCCGGGUGAUGCGGGAGCUGCGGGGCCAGGGCAAAUCUUUGGGGUUCGCCUUCGUGGAGUUCAGGGAGCACGAGGAGGCCCUGGGGGCCCUGCGGCGCCUCAACAACAACCCCGAGCUCUUCGGGGCCCACAAGCGCCCGAUUGUGGAGUUUGCGCUCGAGGACCGGCGGAAGCUGCGGCUGCGGGAGCAGAGGAUCCAGCGGGGGCUGCUCAAGGCCAAGGCCAAGGCGGCUGCAGGAGCCCCCGAGGGUCCCCAGGGAGCCCCGGCGCCCCCCGAGGCACUGCCAGCCCCCCCCGCGGGCUCGGGGGGCCCCGGGCCGCCCCCCAGCCGCCCCCGGGGCCCCUGGGCCGGGUUCCGCACGCAGGGCCCGGGGCUCCGGGGCGCUCCCGGCACCAGGGUGCUGGCGCUGCCCUCCCACCGCGGCCCCAAAGUCAGGAAACGGGACAAGGGGAAGAAGGCCCAGCCGCCCCCCAAGCCCCCCAAAGCCCCCAAGGCCUCUCGGCGGCGGGAGAAGCUCCGGGUGCCCCCUCCCCAGGGCCAGCGGCGGCGCCGGGGGGGCCCCGGGGGGGCCGAGGCGCGCUUCCAGGAGCUGGUGGAGAGGUACAAGAGGAAGAUUUUGGGGAGCAACCCCCCCAUGGCCCGCGGGGGAAAGUGGUUCGAGAGCUGAGGCUCCCCCAGCGCCCCCUGGCACCCCAAAACCCCCCUGGGGGUGCCGGGGGUCCCAAACCGUACAGGGGGGUUUUGGGGGGUGCCCCCACACGCUCUGGGGGGGCUGGGGGUGGGACCUGCCCUGGGUCCCUCCUGGCUCCCCCCAGGAUUUGGGGGUGCCCCCCCCCAUGGCUCUGUGUCUUCCUGGGUUUUAAUAAAAAUGGGGUUUAAUAAAAAUGGGGUUUAAUAA